GGCGCGGGCUGCGGGCCAUCCGGCAGCGAGUUCCAGCCCGGCUGUUCGGCUUUCCGCAUCUGCUCAGCUCAGCGCAGCCUCACCAUGGCGGCCGCCUUCGCAGGCACCUGGAAGCUAACGGACAGCAAGAACUUCGAUGAAUACAUGAAGUCGCUGGGUGUGGGUUUUGCUACCAGGCAGGUAGCCAGCAUGACCAAGCCUACCACAAUCAUUGAAGUGAAUGGAGAUACUAUCACCAUAAAAACACAAAGCACCUUCAAGAGCACAGAGAUCAGCUUCCAGCUAGGGGUGGAAUUCGAUGAGACAACAGCAGAUGACAGGAAGGUCAAGAGCACUGUGACGUUGGAUGGAGGCAAACUUAUCCAGCUGCAGAAGUGGGAUGGGCAAGAGAGCUCACUUGUGCGAGAACUAGUUGAUGGAAAACUCAUUCUGACCCUCACCCAUGGCAGUGUAGUUUGUACUCGCACCUACGAGAAAGAGGCAUGACCAGCCCACUUCUUCACUGCCUGCUCCUCUGCUAGUUGGCGGCCCCUGGACUCGGUACCAGAUUGCCUCACUUUUUCCUCUGGUAUUUUGUAUAAAUCCAUCUUGGUUGGGGAAUUUUUCUGGGGUCAGGUGACACCAGCCUGAAACCAGUUCCAGUUCCCAUUAUGUAUGUUUGUUUUUCUAACUGCAUCCAAAGGGUGCUCUGAGGUCAAUAAACAAAGUCAAGACCA